AGGGGAGAGCGAGAUCGCUCCGUGGGUCUAAGAAUAUUGCUGGGGAGUGUUUCUUGGUGUUGUUAUAUGUCACAGUUUAGUUUACAUCUCACUCACACAUCACCAACAUCACCACCAUCACCACCACCAUCACCAUCCUCCAGCUCGCCUCGUCCACACUGCGAUCGUCCGCGCCGGCAGCAGCAGAGAUGUACUCGCCCUUGUGUCUAACACAGGACGAGUUCCACCCGUUCAUCGAGGCGCUGCUGCCGCACGUGCGCGCCUUCUCCUACGUGUGGUUCAACCUGCAGGCGCGCAAGCGCAAGUACUUCAAGAAGCACGAGAAGCGCAUGUCUCGCGACGAGGAGCGCGCCGCCAAGGAAGAGCUCGUGGCCGAGAAGGUCGACGUCAAGCAGAAGUGGGCCUCUCGCCUCCUCGCCAAGCUGCGCAAGGACAUCCGCCCCGAGUGCCGCGAGGACUUCGUGCUGACCGUCACGGGCAGGAAGGCCCCCUGCUGCGUCGUCUCGAAUCCCGACCAGAAGGGCAAGAUCCGUCGCAUCGACUGCCUCCGGCAGGCCGACAAAGUGUGGCGCCUCGACCUCGUCAUGGUCAUCCUCUUCAAGGGGGUUCCCCUCGAGAGCACCGACGGCGAGCGGCUCGUCAAGUCGCCGCUGUGCGCCCAGCCGGCGCUCUGCGUGCAGCCGCGGCACAUCGCCGUGUCCGUCAAGGAGCUCGACCUUUACCUGGCCUACUUCGUGCAGGAGCAAGCGGCAAGCAUCGCCAUGACCACCAGCACCACCGCUUGA